AUGAAUAGGAGUACGAUUGUAUGUGAGCCACCAAGUAUUGAUGAAGCAAAACUGGAUCAAAACUGGAUGGUUGCAAUAAAGGAGGAGCUGUAUAUGAUUGAGAAAAAUAAUACGCGACAGCAUGUUAACAAACCUCAAGAUAGAAAAAUCAUUGGGGUCAAAUGGGUUUUUGAAACAAAGCUCAAUGUUAAUGGCUCCAUCAACAAGCACAAGGUGAGGCUUGUGGUUAAAGGUUACGCUCAGAUUUUUGGAGUGGACUACUCAGACACAUUUGCACCAGUGGCCAAACUAGACACCAUCAGAUUGAUACUUGCUAUUGCAACACAAAAGGGUUGA